AUGAAGGUCUUCGCUCCACUCUUGACUUUGCUCCUUCUUCUCUUCUCGUUAUUACCCGUCCACUCCUCUUCUGAUUCAGAGCGGAUCGGUGGUCAAAGAGGAAACGUGUGCUCGCUACAGCGAUCAGUUGCUCUGUCUGCUCAGGACUUAAGAUUAACAUUCGGAUCUCUCGAAACUCAUUACCAAAAACAGUUCAAAGAAGUGCUUUCGGUCCAUCAGGAGUUGAUUGCGACUCCAUACCCUCUGGAGACAUCAGAAGGUAACGGACGUUUAAUUGAUAUUUCAAGAUAUGGGAGGUCAAAGCGCAACCUGUGGAUGCGUUUACUAACUUUUUUGCGGUCGGUCCGUCCCGUUGCGAGAAUGGCCGGUAAACUCACUCGCUACGGCAAGUUUAUGAAAGGAAUCAAGUAUGCGGGGUAUGCAGCAUCAACCGCCGUGUUCGCGUACGAAAUGGCAGAUGUCUUCGGUGCAAUCCCCGAUAAGAAGUAUGAGGAAGUCUCCCGCCAACUAGAAGAGCUUCAUUCCUCAAGAACAAAGGACUUGUUCAUCAUGAAGAAUAUAACUCUCUUUACUACUGGCUUACACGACAGCAUAAGGGAUGUAACUUCGCAAAUAAACCAGGUUAUAUCUGAAUCCUACGAUAAGUAUGAGAUGUACGUCAAGGGGUCACAGAUACUGAAUUCCUACAUUCAGCAGGUGAAUAUCAACUUGAUCCUAAUCAGGCUCGGAGGCAUCCCAUCCAAUGUCAUAACAAUCGAGAAUCAGAGGAUCUGGUUAGAGAACAAACUCCCAUCCUUACUUCUCCCUGAUAUUGGGACAAUAACACCCCACUUAAAGACUACUUUGAAGGCUAUCGACGAGGAGAAGAACCAGGUAAUUUUGUAUGUAGAAGUACCCACCCUUGGAACUGACUUUCAACUCCUGAACUUUGUCAGAUGGGAACCAGAGCUCAUGGUAAACAAAGUGUGUUACUCUUCUCCUCGAAAAGAGCUAUACCUUGCAUUCAAACGCGACAUCGGAGAUGGGAUGAUAGAAGACCCUCUCCUCGUCGACCCAGAGUCUUGUUUAAUAUCUGGAUUUAUACUCUGUGAGUCCGAUGCUCUUUUGGAUACGAUCCCCCAGCUGCACGAAAAUAGGAUAUGUUCUCAAAGAAAACUAAAAGAGAAACGGAGGGUCCGGAGGUCAUCAGUGGACCUGUUUGACAUGGCACAACAUCCGACGUAUGACCUGAGCGAAAUAGUACAGAAGACACUGAACAAAGAUCAAAAGAUAAAAGAAGCUGGCGAUAGCAUCACUUCAUUGAACAAAAUCAUAGAUCAGCUCAUUGAUGAGUCAAAGAAAAACACGGUCAAUUCGAAGAUCCUAUUGGAACAAGCAUCUCGCGAUGAUAAGGUUAUCAAGGCUCUCUACAUUAUAGGCACGUUGGUCAUAUUGCUUUCUUUCAUCUACCUAGGUAAGUACGCCUAUAAGCUAGUAAUUCAACAGAAGAGUCGCAAACUAGCUCAACGGACUGAACAGCUCGUCCGCCAUAUAGCGUCCCUAGAAAGCAACACGUAA